CACAGGCUUUGCGCCUUUCUAUCUGAUGUUCGGGAGAGUUCCGCGUCUUCCAAUUGAUGUGAUGUUCCAAAAUGUUCUGAGGGAUGAUGCUGUUGUUAAGUAUUCAGAUUUCGUAUCCAAGCUUAAAUGUGACCUUGGUGAAGCUGCAAAAAUUGCACAGAAGCACAGUUCACUGAGCAAAACCCGUCAUGCAAGGAUCUACAAUCGCAAAGUUAGGGGAUCACCUUUGACCAUGGGCGACAGAGUUCUUCUGGCAAAUCGCGGUGAGCGUGGAAAACGGAAAAUUGCAGACAAAUGGGAGUCCAACCUCUACGAAGUGAUGUCAGUGAGAUCGCCCAUUAAUGUCUAUCGGAUAAAAGACACUGAAACAGGAAGAGAAAAGAUUGUGCAUCGUAAUCUCUUACUCCCUGUUAACUUUCUGUACAAAGAUGGGGUCGAUUUACCAUCUAAGUCACAUUCAAGUGAUUCGACUGCAAACUUACCUGAUCUUCCUGAGAGUGAUGCAAGAACGGCUCAAUGGGUUAUGCAGUCUGAUCAGCACGAUUGCCCUGAUAAUGACAGUGACUCAGUUGCUUUGUCCAGAGUUCAGUGUUCUUUGGAUGUACAGAAUUCCAAUUCAAAGGCAGACUCUGAUAUCUGUAACCGCUCUGUACACAUUGAAGUGGACUGUGACGUUCCACAUUUGUUAGAAGGUCCACCUACUGACGAUGAGUUAGAUCAGUGUUCCUCUCAGCACUCCUUGACAACGCCAGUUUUUCCACCUUCACAUGUAGUCAAUAGCCCUGUUCAGGAUACAGUUCACCCUGUAAUUUGCAAUCAACCAAAACACUCUCAUACAGGCACAGUCCGUACUAGGGCCGGUAGGACCAUUAAACCUCCACAAAGAUUGAUCUACGAGAUGAAUAGUCAGUUUGUGCAUGAUUCAUCAUCCCCAGUGAUUUCUCUUUUUGAUGUUGUGAAAAGCCUUUUUCAUGGGUAACUUAUGAGUCGGACUUUGUUUUGAGUGGAUAUUUUUUUUUCUCUCUUAAGAAAUCAUUUAAAUCCUUGACUUGUGCGUGUGAAGAAAGGUGUUUAGGGCAUCUCUUUAGUCUAUGUUAAGUCUGGAUUUUGGUACCAGUCCAUACUUGCAUACCUCCUUUGGAGGAAUUUUGUAAUUGAUCUGUACGCUGCAAUGUGUCAAGGAGGUUCACAUCGUUUCUCUUUUUCUGGUUCUUGUAUUGUAUUCUAUUGUUCAGGCGCUUCCCCAGUUUAGCAUAAUUUAAGGGGGGUGCAUGUAACGGAGUGUAAAAUGUUAAAUUUCUGCAUAAAUGGGGACAGCGCCAUCUGGCUGAUGCGUGAUGGCAUUUAGUGUACGGAAUAGGGACCGCCCACAGCAGAGAUAAUGAGACACGCUGUGGAACUGAUUCUUUCUCCAUAAAGUGAAACCCCUAUUUCCACAUUUAUAUCUCCAUUGUGCAGCUCCACCCAGCAGAAAGACCGCCCAGGCAAGACCGUCACA